UCACCUAUUAUCGCCCAAUGGUCAGGGCUGCUAUGACGUCACCCAUUCAUGCCAGACACACUUAGCACCAGCUCCUGGUAUAAAACCAGUCCCCGCUAUCCCCGGUUAGCGUCAUUCGCCAUGGCUUCUUCUCGCACAACCUUGACCAUCUUGCAGCUGAUGGCCUUGAUCACCUGCAUCCUCGCAGCUGAUAUAAAGUCAUCUGAUAACGCAGAUGAUGUCAAGGACAUCGACACUGAUAACGAUGGGGAUGACCUUGACACGCAGGAGACUGGCUGGUUGUUCGCGGAAAAGAUGAGGCAGUUGGAAUACUUCAAGAAUAAAUUGCUUUCACCCUUGCUGGGAUUUAAGUCACCCUACUCUUACAACUCUUAUGGUGGAGGCUACCCUGGCUUCUCGAGCAAUGGCGGUAAUAAGUUCACCUCAUCGGUUUACUACGGUAAAAAUUCCCCUUCUUACUAUUACAACGGCGGCUCCAGCAACUACCCAGGUUCAUAUCCUGGAAUUGGUGGAUUUUCUUCGUUUGGUACUACUCAAAAUCAGCCCAACAAUAAUCAAUUCUACCCUUACAAGAAAGUAACUCCCACCUUCACCUCUAACGUUUGGUAUAACAGAGGCUUCUCUGGGGGCGUUUCUCAACCAAGCACUUCGACUUCCUAUGCUCCUGACUGUGACUAUACUGUGACUGGUUUUAAACCUUCGUCUUUUACGCCUUCGACCCCCAAUUACUCUUCAGGAACACCUCUUUAUGUCUAUUAUUCUAAUGCAAGCCCUACUCAAUCCUAUGCUGUUCCUUCUUCUACAUCACCUUCUUUCAAUUCUGCUACAGUUAACAUUCCAACGCCAGUUGCAGCUCAGCCAUCAUACACUCCACAAUACAUCUCAUCUGGCUUUACCUUCAAGUCAUCUAGCCCACAGUAUUCAUUUGGCAACUCACAAUCAUCUGGUCCAUCAUCUUGGGCGUCAAUAGUUCCUUCCGUACCUUCAGCUCCUGCCUCACCGUCUUGGUCAUAUGUCACCGGAUCCUUCCCAGCCUCAUCAUCUCUUCCUUCAAAUGCUGCCUCACCAUCUAUCUCUUCAGUUUCUGGUUCAGUUCCUUCAGCUCCAUCAACUCCUGCUCCCCCGUCUUGGUCAUAUGUCACCGCAUCCGCCCCAGCCUCACCAUCUCCAUCUUCAAAUGCUGCCUCACCAUCUUUCUUUUCAGUUUCUGUUCCUUCAGCUCCAUCAACUCCUGCUCCCCCGUCUUGGUCAUAUGUCACCGCAUCCGCCCCAGCCUCACCAUCUCCACCUUCAAAUGCUGCCUCACCAUCUUUCUUUUCAGUUUCUGUUCCUUCAGUUCCUUCAACUCCUGCUCCUCCGUCUUGGUCAUAUGUCACCGCAUCCGCCCCAGCCUCACCAGUUCUUCCUUCUAAUGCUGCCUCACCAUCUUGGUCUUCAGUUUCUGGGCCUGCUCCUUCAGCUCCUUCAACUCCUGCUCCCCCGUCUUGGUCAUAUGUCACUGCGUCCUCCCCAGCCUCUCCAACUCUAUCUCCCGCUCCUGCCUCACCAUCUUGGUCCUCGGUUUCUGGGUCUAUUCCUUCAGCUCCUUCAACUCCUGCUCCCCCGUCGUUGUCAUAUGUCACCGCAUCCAUCCCAGCUUCACCAUCACUUCCUUCUACUCCCGCCCCACCAUCCUGGUCUUUAGUUUCUGGGUCUAUUCCUUCAGCUUCUUCAACUCCUGCACCACCUUCUUUGUCUUCGGUGACAGAGUCUUUCCCAUCUUCACCAUCACCACCUCUAGUAUAUGCCACACCCUCUCCACCCCCUUCGUACUCUGUUAGUGGACCUUUACUAUCCUCACCUUCACCAGUUUCUGUUGUUCAACCAAAUUACGUGGUUCCCUCAACAGCAGUAGUCUCAGAUCAACAAAAUGUAUUUCCUUCUGAAGAAGUUGCCAUAACUCCCGCUCCUCCCAAAGUUAAGGGUCACUUUGUCACUACUCUUCCCGGACCUAAACUUGCUCUUCCUGAAGAACCGUCUCUCUACAACCCUGGAUCCUCAUAUGCUUUAUCUUACUAUCCCAACCUAUUUAUUAUUACCAAUGAGCAACAUUUGGACUCUCCAUCGCAACCAGCUGCCUCUCCUCAACGACAAGAUACAUCGACUUCCACUUCUACUAGUUCCACAGGAACUUCUUUACAGUCAUCUUCUGUCGCUCCUGAGACUUCUACACCGUCCUCACAGAGCUCCCCUCAGGUUCCUGCUCAGCCGGUGCUCACUUCAUAUUACUCCUCCAACACCAUAGACCAGACAAGAGUACCUUUAGUAUACCCUGUUCAACAACCCGCGUCACCACCUGCGGACGGGAUCUUUUACAAUUACCCUGUGGUACCAAAUGCUUACCCUGUAUCUUCUGGCUAUGCUUCAUCACAAAAUCCACCACAAGGAAUUCAAAUAAUUUCAUCUUCUAAAAAUGUCCCAUCUAGCAGUAUCUACCAAAUUCCUUUUGGAUACGGUUAUCAAACACCAAAUCAAGUCAUUACUGGUAACACGCCAGUAAUUCAAUCUACGAAAACACCGUUACCUGGAUGUUGAAUGUGGUAAAUUUAAAGUAAAAUAUAAACUCCAAGAUCUUGCAGGAGUAUUUGAAACAGUACAAGAAGAUGAUGGCGAAUCGAGUGAAAUUGUGUAGUUUUAAGAACUCUUAUAGUACGUUAUUCUAAUGCAAAUGCAAAUUGAAAAUGCUCACUUAUGUUAUAGUAGAUUUUUCAUACAAUAAACUACUUUUGUACUAAUUGAGAAUAAAUAAUUUUUCCCGUG